UCUGCACAACAUCAUCACACUCAGGCUGAAGAAGAGACAAGCUGCCUCUGUAAGAUUCAAAUUCAAUCAUGAGGGUACUUGUGGUUCUCGCACUUUUCUCCGUUUGCAAUGCCAACGUGCUGAUGCAGGUGGCUCCUAAAACCGACCUGGAUCUGGUGAAGGAUGCUUUCUGGGACUACGUGGCCAAAGCCACGCUCACUGCUGAGGACUCCGUGAAGCAGAUCAGACAGUCUGAGUUGGGGCAGGAAGUGAGUGCCAGGGUCUCUGCGAGUGCUGACACCGUGAAUAAGUACGUGGUUGCUCUGCGGGCUCAGGUGGCUCCUCUGACCCAGGACUACAUGGCUCAGUUUACCCAGGAGGCCGAGCAGCUGAAGGCUCGUCUGGAGAAAGAUCUGACCACCGUGAGCACCAGCCUGCAGCCCAUUGCCGAUGAGAUGGUGGCGCAGCUCCAGAGGCAGGUGGAGGAGCUGAAGAAGGAGGCGGCCACCUACGCUGGGGCCAUGGACCCCCAGGCCCUGAAGGCCGUCCUGCUGCAGAAGAGCCAGGAGAUGAGGGAGCAGCUGGACAAGAGUGCGGCCCAGCUGCAGGCCCAGAUGGUGCCCUACACCGACGAGAUCAAGGAGAAGAUGGCGCAGAGCCUGGAGGAGUUCCAGAGGAGCAUGGUCCCCCUCACCCAGACCUUUGAGACCCAGGUGAGCCAGAAGACCCAGGAGAUCCAGCUGAACCUGGCCCAGAGAGGAGAGGAGCUGAGGGCCCAGCUGGACGCCAGCGCUCAGGACCUGCAGAGCCAGCUGUCCGUCCUGCUGGAGGCUUUCAACCAGAAGACCCAGUAAACAGUCCUCCACCAGCCCCAACACUCCAGAUAUUUAUUUCAAAUUCACCCAAUGUAUAUUUUACAAAAUAAAAAUUGAACAAACAAGUUCCGUCUUUUGGUGU